CGUCGCGGGCCCUCGAGUGGACGCUCCUUACCUGUUCGCCAGGUGCGGCCCGGGGAGCUGCUGGGACUCUCCCGCCGGCCCCACACGACGGCACAAGCCAUGAGCAAGUUGGGCAAGUUCUUUAAAGGGGGAGGCUCCUCUAAGAGCCGCGCUGCCCCCAGCCCCCAGGAGGCCCUGGCCCGACUUCGGGAGACCGAGGAGAUGCUGGCCAAGAAACAAGAGUACCUGGAAAAUCGGAUCCAGAGAGAACUCUCCCUGGCCAAGAAACACGGCACCCAGAACAAGCGAGCUGCCUUGCAGGCACUAAAGAGAAAGAAGAGAUUUGAGAAGCAGCUCACUCAGAUCGAUGGGACACUCUCGACCAUCGAGUUCCAGAGAGAAGCCUUGGAAAACUCACACACCAACGCCGAAGUGUUGAGGAAUAUGGGCUUUGCCGCGAGAGCGAUGAAAGCAGCUCACGAAAACAUGGAUCUGAACAAAAUAGAUGAUUUGAUGCAAGAGAUCACGGAGCAGCAGGAUAUCGCUCAGGAAAUCUCGGAAGCGUUCUCUCAGCGGGUUGGGUUUGUUGAUGGUUUUGAUGAGGAUGAACUGUUGGCUGAACUUGAAGAACUGGAGCAGGAGGAAUUAAAUAAGAAGAUGACAAAUAUGCGACUUCCCAGUGUGCCUUCCUCCUCUCUUCCCACACAGCCGGAGCGGAAAACCAGCAGGGUCCCCACUGCACACCGGUCCCGGGCAGCUUCUUCCAGGAGGACGGGAGAAGAAGAAGAUGAUAUCAAACAAUUGGCAGCUUGGGCUACUUAAAGCAAGAUGGAGUUGUUUGACACCUAAAUUAAUGAGCUGUAUAUAAGACAGGAAAACAU